ACUGCCACCGCGGCCAUGCCGGCCACCAACCAGGGCUGGCCCGAGGACUUCGGCUUCCGGCUGGGCGGCUCCGGGCCCUGCUUCGUCCUGGAGGUGGCCGAAGGCAGCAGCGCGCACGCCGGGGGGCUGCGGCCCGGGGACCAGAUCCUGGAGGUGGAGGGGCUGGCGGUGGGCGGCCUGAGCCGCGAGCGCCUCGUGCGCCUGGCCCGGCGCUGCCCGCGCGUGCCGCCCAGCCUCGGCGUGCUCCCCGGCCCCGCGCCCGCGGCCACCGCCCUGCGGCCUCCGCGCCCGGGCCGCGGCCUCCUCCUGGGCCGCGAGCUGCUGCGCCUGGCCGGCCGCCAGCGCCCCGACGCCGUGCACCGAGAGCGCAGGCGCAAGGCCCAGGACUUCAGCCGCAAGGUGGACGAGAUCCUGGGAGACCAGCCCACGGCCAAGGAGCAGGUGUUCACGGCGCUGAAGCAGUUCGCGGCCGAGCAGCGGGUGGACGACCUGGUGGGGGCGCUCGCCCUGGCCCUGCCCCGCGAGGCCCGAGGGCCCCUUGUGGACAACCUCAGGAUCUUCAUCCCCAAGAAGCACCGGGCGCGCUUCGACGAGGUGGUGUCGCAGGGGCUGCUGGGCCGGCUGUGCCGCGCGCGGAGGGCGCAGGGCGCGCAGAGGCUGCGCCGGAGCCGCAGCGAGGAGCGGCCGGAGCGCCUGCUGGUGUCCACGCGCGCCAGCGCCGCGCCGCGCCGCCCCGACGAGCCCCCGCGCAGGGCCGCCUCGCUGCUGGCCGGCCGCCCGGGCCCCGGCUCCGGCUCCGGGCGCAGGACGGUCCGCGUCUACAAGGGCAACAAGAGCUUCGGCUUCACGCUGCGCGGCCACGGGCCUGUGUGGAUCGAGUCCGUCCUGCCUGGGAGCCCGGCGGACAAUGCCGCCCUCAGGUCGGGCGACCGGAUCCUCUUCCUCAACGGACUGGACAUGAGGAACUGCUCCCAUGACAAGGUGGUGUCCAUGCUGCAGGGCAGUGGCGCGAUGCCCACGCUGGUGGUGGAGGAGGGGCUCGUCCCGUUCCCCAGCGACUCGGACUCUCUGGAUUCCAGCCCGGCGGCGGCGCUCAGCUCGCUGCAGUGGGUGGCGGACAUCCUGCCGGCCAGCAUCCGCGUGCAGGGCCGGACCUUCAGCCAGCAGCUGGAGCGCCUGCUCACGCCCGCCGAGCGCUACGGCGUCUGCCGGGCCCUGGAGAGCUUCUUCCAGCACAGGAACAUCGACACCCUCAUCGUGGACAUCUACCCCGUGCUGGACACGCCCGCCAAGCAGGCACUCUGGCAGUUCGUCUACCAGCUGCUCACCUACCAGGAGCAGGAGCUGUGCCACGAGAAGAUCGCCUGCUUCCUGGGCUACAGCGCCAUGACCGCGGAGACGGAGCCGGAGCCGGAGCCGGAGCCGGAGCCGGAGCCGGAGCCGGAGCCGGUGCCCCAGCGGCGGAGCUCCCUGCGGGCCUCCUCCGUGUGCCGCCGCAGCCUGCGCGCCCAGGGCCUGGAGGCCGGCCUCGCCUGCGGCCCCGGUGACUGCACUGAGGUGCCUCUUCCUCCGAUCCCCGGCGAGCGCCAGGCAGGCGAUGGCACAUCCCUCCCGGAGACCCCCAACCCCAAGAUGAUGUCGGCCGUGUACGCGGAGCUGGAGUCCAGGCUGAGCAGCAGCUUCUCGGGCAGGAGGGGGUCCACGUCCCGGUCCCGGGCCUCGCCCCCGGCACCCAGCCCGGCAGGCACCGCAGGGCCCAGGACCCUGCCCGGCGUCUCCUGGCCCAGCGAGCGGCUACGGCCCUCCCCCUGCUACUACCCGCUGUGCUCCGAGGGCCCGGCCUCCCCCAGCAGCUCCGAGUCCCACCCCUACGCCAGCCUGGACAGCAGCAGGGCGCCCUCCCCAGAGCCCGGGCCCGGCCCCCCGGACAGCCCCCCAAGCCCGGCCCCCGGCCGCCAGCCCGGCCGCAGGAAGCGCUUCACCUUCUCCCGGCCCCCGCGGAGCCGCGACACCGACCGCUUCCUGGACGCCCUGAGCGAGCAGCUGGGCCCGCGGGUCACCCUGGUGGAUGACUUCCUGAGCCCCGAGAACGACUACGAGGAGAUGAGCUUCCACGAGGAUGACCAGGGCAGCUUUGUCACCAACGAGCGGAGCAGCGCCAGCGAGUGCGUCAGCAGCAGCGAGGAGGGCAGCUCCCUCACCUACUCCUCCAUGUCCGACCACAUCCCCCCGCCCCCGCUCAGCCCCCCGCCGCCCCCGCCGCCCCUGCCCUUCCACGACCCCAAGCCCAGCGCCCGCGCCCCGGACGGUCCCCGGGGUGCCCCCCAGACUCUAGCCAAGCCCCUCACCCCACUUGGCCACCCGGUCCCGCCCCCGCCCCCGCCGCCCCUGCCCCCGCCCGUGCCCUGCGCCCCCCCCACGCUGUCCGGGGGCCUGGCCCACCGCCGCGGUGGGACCAGCCACAUGAGCGUCAAGCGCCUCCGCUGGGAGCAGGUGGAGAACUCGGAGGGCACCAUCUGGGGCCAGCUGGGGGAGGACUCUGACUACGACAAGCUGAGUGACAUGGUGAAGUACCUCGACCUGGAGCUCCACUUCGGCACCCAGAAGCCGGCCAAGCCCGCGCCCAGGCCCGAGCCCUUCAGGAAGAAGGAGGUGGUGGAGAUCCUGUCCCACAAGAAGGCCUACAACACCUCCAUCCUGCUGGCGCACCUGAAGCUGAGCCCGGCCGAGCUGCGCCAGGUGCUCAUGGCCAUGGAGCCGGGGCGGCUGGAGCCCGAGCACCUGGCGCAGCUGCUGCUCUUCGCGCCCGACGCCGACGAGGAGCUGCGCUACCAGGCCUUCCGCGAGGCACCCGGGCAGCUCAGCGAACCCGACCAGUUCGUGCUGCAGAUGCUGUCGGUUCCGGACUACAAAACGCGCCUGCGCAGCCUGCACUUCCAGGCCAGCCUGCAGGAGCGGACGGAGGAGAUCCGGGCCAGCCUGGAGUGCCUGCGCCAGGCCUCCCUGGAGCUCCGGAACAGCCGGAAGCUCGCCAAGAUCCUGGAGUUCGUGUUGGCCAUGGGCAACUACCUCAACGACGGGCAGCCCCGAGCCAACAAGACCACGGGCUUCAAGAUCAACUUCCUCACCGAGCUGAACUCCACCAAGACCGUGGACGGGAAGCUCACCUUCCUGCACAUCCUUGCCAAAUCGCUGAGCCAGCACUUCCCGGAGCUCCUGGGCUUUGCGCAGGACCUGCCCACGGUGCCCCUGGCGGCCAAAGUGAACCAGCGGGCUCUGACCGGCGACCUGGAUGACCUGCACGGCACCAUCCGGGAGAUCCAGGCUGCCUGCCAGAGCGCGGCCCCCUCCGGUGAGGACAAGUUUGCCGCCGUCAUGACAGCCUUCCUGGAGACGGCGCAGCCGGUGCUGCGGGCGCUGGACGGGCUGCAGCGCGAGGCGGUGGAGGAGCUGGGCCGGGCGCUGGCCUUCUUCGGGGAGGACUCCAAAGCCACCACCUCCGAGGCCUUCUUCGGCAUCUUCGCGGAGUUCAUGAGCAAGUUCGAGCGGGCCCUCGGCGACCUGCAGGCCGGGGAGGGUGGGCGCAGUUCGGGCAUGGCUUCGCCCCUGGCCUGGUGACAGGGCGAUGGCGCCCCUUCAGCCUGCUGGAGAGGAACGGGGCGCUACGCCUCGCCCACCCGGAGCCCCUCCUGCCCAGGACCCCGAAGCCCACGCCUCCAGCUACCUCAGCGCUGACCGCCAGCCACCGCGAAGGUCCGGGUUCCGCUGGACCCCAGCUCCCGGCUGAGCCCCAGCCCUGAGCGCUGGGGGGCAGGGGCCGCCGUGAACUCGCAGGGAAGGUGACCCCCAGGAGGGCCGCCAUGGCUCCCAGCCUGGCUGUGCCCCAGGUCCCGCUGGCCCCCUCACCUCACUGCCCCGGCCCCCGGCAUGCCAGCAGGGCUCCUGCCCGAACCCUCAGGACGCAGGGGACUGGGGGUGGGGGCUGCGGCCGGCAGGUGAACUGCGUGUGAGUGGCCGGGGCCCGGGGUGGCUCUGCUGUCUGCUCCUCCAUGGCUUGGCUCCCAUGGGCCCCUGGGGGUCAUCAUCGGGGGCACAGACCUCCUGGACCCGAACCCCGGAGAGGGCGGCAGAGGCCCUGGAGCACGCCCCCCCCCCCCACCCCUGGGACACUGUGAGCCGGCAGGCCCUCUCAGCCGGGCC